AUGGACUCUGCUCGCGUCUACCUAGGCGGGGUACCCGACAGCCUGAGCGGCGAAGAGAUAUACAAGCACCUUUCGGUCUAUGGGCGGAUUACGGAGAUCAAGCUGCGCCCAGGGUUCGGCUUUGUGCAGUUCGAACACCGGCGGGAGGUCGUCCGCGCAUUUUCUAACCAACCAUUCUUGGGCUUUGCCAUCAACGUGCAGCUGGCGCGCCCCGAGCGGUAUGCUCGCUCUCCAGAGUUGGAGUACGAACCACCUAGCGCCCCGCCUGCGUACCACCAGCAAGACAGACCAAAGAAGAUGAGGUACGCCGUCGUAGUCAACGGCCUGGAUCCGCGCACGUGUUGGCAGGAACUCAAGGACUUCGGUCGAUCCGUCGGCGGGGAGGUCGCGUUCUGCGAUGUCGACAAGGAUCAUCGCACACGAGGAUGGCUCAACUACACCCAGGAGGAGGACGCCAACCGUGCGGUGAGGGAGCUGGACGGCACGCGGCUCCUCGGCAACGUAGUGCGGCUCCAGCGGCAGGCGAGUCGUCCUUAUGCGUUAUGCCCUCGAGAGGCUGCCGUCUGCGGUCGCGCUGAUACGCAUUCGACGGUCGCAGUAUCACAAAGACGGCGAGUACAGCCCACGCACGCCGAGGGCGGAGCCGUCCGCGUCCGCGUCCCAUCCCCGACAUGA